CCGAAUGUGGACUUCCGGGUGUGCGAGAGGCGAAUGAAGGAAGGGGGUCCUGCAGUUGCGGGUAGAUGGUGGUGUUUUUUUUCCUUCUUCUUUGAAGGGAGCAAAGGUGUCAGUUAGAGCUGCCGCUGGUUCCGCCUCCUGGGCCUGUUCAGAGCGCGAUGAGCGUCGUGAGGCGGAGAAGCCCAAGCCGCAGAGGAAGCGCCUUCCUGUUUCCCACCGCCGUGGUUCUCUCGCCCCGUUGAGUGGCGGGCCCGGAGGCCACAGGGAGCCCCCCCUCCUCGCUCCCUUCUGCGGUGAGGAGUUUGCCGCCUGCAGGUGUCAUGGAUGAACUAGGUGAAGAUGACAUUGAUAUUUUGAAUCAUGAAAAAGCAGAUACACAUCAUAAGCGAUAUGGAGAAAUUCCUGUUCCCAUGUAUACAGGUGGAGAGUCUGUUGCUUCACAUUUUGCACUUGUUACUGCUUAUGAAGAUAUCAAAAAACGACUGAAGGAAACUGAAAAGGAGAACUCUCUCUUAAAGAAAAAAGUACGAUUGUUAGAAGAAAAACUUCUUGGUUCACGUUUGGAAGAAACAACGAGCUCUGUAGGUCGUGAGCAGGUUAACAAAGCCUACCAAGCAUAUCGAGAGGCUUGUAUUGAUCGAGAUAAUCUGAAAGCUAAAAUGGAUAAAAUGAUGAAAGAGAACACUGAAUCCCUGCAAUUAUUGAAUGAGCAGUUGCAGUCAAAAGAAGUGGAGCUUCUACAGCUGAGAGCUGAAGUGGAAACAGAACGAGGUGUUUUCUUAUUAAUUUUGACAGUUCUGAAGAGUCUGAAUUCUAACUCAUCUAACUGGGAGAUAGACAAACUGAAUAAUGCUCUGAAGGUGCACAGUUUGGAACAGGAUUUGGAGAAGUUAAGAGAAGAAUGUAAUAAUCUUAGAAAAGAGCUAGAAAAACCGGCACAGAAGAUUGACUCCCAGGAAGCAGUCUUAACAAAUGGAGAGCUUGUCCAGCAGCAGGAAAUUCAUAGUGAAAAUGCUCAGCAAGCCUACUGGGAACUGAAGAAGGAAAUGUCUAACCUGCAUCUGGUAACUGAAUUGCAAGCUGAAAUACUGCGGAAAAUGCAGCAGAUCCCAUCUGCGACCAAGAAAGUGUCCCCCUACGCCCGACUUCAAGGCAUUGAAGACCUUGCAAGGGAUACCACAAAUCUACAUUUAGCUGCUUCUGGAACAGUAUGCAACAAGAGGCUACCUCCACCAAGUGACAGAGUUUUCGGCAAUACUGGCUCUUCUCCAUCUUGUACUGAUGAGAGUCUUGUCCCAGUUUGUGACUCUCCAUUUCAGGAACAUAACUCCUAUGGAAAAAGCUCUCUGGAUGACAAUUCUUGGGUCUUUCCAAGUCCUCCAAAACCUAGUGAAACAAUGUUUUGGGAAAUGAGAAACCGAAUGUCGCAUUUAAACUUUCCAGAAACUAGUUUGGAUCAGUGCAACCAAAACUGCCUGCAUAAGAGUUAAGAUUGUUACAGGAACAAUUUGAUAUAGUUCUGAAUAGGCAGGUAUAUAACCAGAAAAUAGGUAUUGGGAAGAUGGAGUAUGAAAUUGUGGCAGUCAGCUGGGUCUGCCUCUUCUACUGUGAUGUAAAUUUGAAAGCAGUCCAGUGAAAUCAAAAGGGGUGGCGUAAGAUGAAAAGCCUGCUGCACAUGGGUCCUUGGCUUGGAUUGCACAUAUGGCGAUUACUAGAGUAUUAGGUCUUGAAGUAAACCAAGAGUUUUGCACUGCAGCUAUUUGUGUGAAUAGCUGCUUUGAAAUACAGUAUCUGCAGACGUUUUUGCAAACAUGAGAAUGCUCUUUUUGUUUUUGAUGGUCUUUAUGUAGUCUUUUCAGGUAAAAGAUUUGGAUGGGAUGAGCUUGCACUUCCAACUCUGAAGCAAUCAUUGGUUUUUCAGAAGGUGUGGUGGGGAUUAGGAAGGAAUGGUGAACAAAUUAAAUUAUGGUGACUACAGUUAAGCCAAACUACUAGAAUUUCUUGUCUUGACUAUAUGUCCUCAUUAUUCUUACACUGAAGAUUCUGAUGCAGUAGAAAACUGAGAAUCAUAGUAUGGAAAUGCUCUCAUCACUUCACAAGUGGUGAACGAGCUUACAUGAGAUUACCCUAACCAAAGUGCAGUGACUGUUUGGGUGCUUUUCUGCCAGUUACCAGAAUCUGCUUGUUGUAAAAUGUAAGUUCACUGACUUUGCUGUGAUAUAGAGAAACCUCUUGACAUCUUAAUAUCAGCAGAAAGAACUGUAAUAUUUUAAAGGCAUUUAUUAUUUCUCUGAUAAUACAUAACUGACACCCUAUACUUAGUAAGAUGCACCAAGUGUCCAAAAUGUUAUGUAUAUAAGUAUCUCAGUAGCCUAAAAGCUUUGGGAUAAUUAAGCUAUAGAUAAUUCUUAACUAUAUUACUCAUCAGUUGGUACUUAAUAUUUAGUACUAGAAUCUCUUUUUCUGUAUAAAGCCCCUUCAUGCAAAGAUGAGUGGAUGUCUUCAGGGGGUUAUAAGUGGGCAUUUCCCCAAUAUUACUUUCCUGACUUGGCCAUUAACAUACAAAGAGAGAGAGAGAUGGCUUUUCAUGAUGAACAGUUCUGUUUAGGACUUGAUAACCACGAAGGUAUGAACUGCAGACCCUUGACUUGGUGAGCUCCCUGUCCGCUGCUCAUCUGAACAUUCCAAUGUUCAGAAAUCCAUUUCUUCUGCAGUUUCUGCAUCCCUUCCUGACUUGCCCUUGAAAUAUGAAUAAUUAAUAAGUAAAGGUUGUAUUUGAUGAGCAGCUCUAAAAUGAUUUCUGAAAAAGGCUUGCUGUGGCAGUGUGCAGAUCUGUUCCUGAACAGCAGAAUGAUAGGACUGGUGUACUGUGAAAGGACAAGAUAUCUGUUUUCCCUUCUAUGCAUUGCAUUUUAUUUCAGCUCUGGCUGUUUUAUUCUUUGUCUCUUCCUGGAGGUAAUACAGUCUGUGGUGAAAGAAAAACAGGAUGUAUCCUACUCUUUUAGUGAAUGGCAUACAUAAAUAAUGUACAUACCAUUCACCAGAUGCUUUUAUUAUUAUUAUUAUUUUGGAUCUUGCUCACGUAUCCUGGCUUGUCUGUGAUUAAUGGAAAUGCUGUCAGAUGCUGGAAUUUAUUCUGACCAAUGAACACAGCUGACUCAAGGGAGCACAAUCUCCUGAAGAAUAAUAGAACAAAAUCCAAUAUGCAUAAAAUAAAUCUAAGUCACUACACUUUAGCUCAAAGAACCAACUACCUGUGUAAUAACAAAGCAGCAGAAGCUGUUUCUCAUGUGAGUACAUAGCUCUGAUGGGUUUCUCAGGGCUGCUGCUUUCGUUAGAGGACUGGAUAAGUAACCAUUGUCCAGGACACGGUGCUGCUUAACAUUUUAAGCAAUGUACAAAGAAUUUAUCUUGUUUUAAAAUAAAUUAUUUUUCUUUGAAAAUGGCUUUCAAUAAACUGAAGUAAAGUA